AUGGUGAGGCCGCCGGGAGACUUCCCGGUGCUCGCGGCUCGGCUGCUCGUGCAGGUCAGGCGCUUCCUGUUGUGGUGCGCGGUGUACGGCUGCUGCGGGCUGUGUGCCUGCGCGGUGCUGCUGAAGCUCGCGUGGCUCACCGUCAGGAAGCCCAGCGCCACAUUCCGCUGGAACAUCCGCGAGCAGCUCCCCGCCUGCCUGAACCACACGGCCCUCGGCACUCACUGCUACGUGCGGAUCAAGGAGUCGGGAUUAAGGAUCCAUUAUGUCGCUGCUGGGGAGAGGGGCAAACCCCUUAUGCUGCUAUUGCAUGGGUUCCCAGAGUUCUGGUAUUCCUGGCGUUACCAGCUCCACGAGUUCAAGAGUGAAUUCCGAGUUGUUGCAGUUGACUUGCGAGGCUAUGGAGAAUCAGACGCACCCACUGGUCAAGACAAUUAUAAACUGGAUUGUUUGAUCACAGAUGUAAAGGAUAUUGUGGAAUCCCUAGGCUACAAGAAGUGUGUUCUGAUUGGCCAUGACUGGGGUGGAAUGAUCGCCUGGUGUUUUGCUAUAAAUUACCCUGAGAUGGUAAAUAAGAUUGUCGUUUUGAACUGCCCACACCCCACUGCUUUUUGCGAUUACAUUGGACAACACCUCACCCAACUGAUCAAGUCUAGUUACCUUUUCUUUUUCCAAGUGCCGUGGCUUCCUGAGUUUAUGCUUACAAUAAAUGAUUUCAAGGCGUUAAAAUAUUUAUUCACCAGUCAGAGUACGGGUAUCAGAAGAAAAGACUGCAGGAUGACGGCAGAUGAGAUUGAAGCCUAUUUAUACGUCUUUUCCCAGCCUGGGGCAUUCAUUGGACCACUAAGCCACUACAGAAACAUUUUCAGUAGUCUGCCCCUGAAUCAGAAUGAGGUGAUAUCACCCACCCUGUUGCUAUGGGGAGAAAAUGAAGUAUUUCUGGAAUUCGGAGCUGCAGAGGCUACACAGGCGUAUGUGAAGAAUCAUUUCAGACUGAAUAUUGUGCCUGGUGCUAGUCACUGGCUUCAACAGGAUCAACCAGAAGUGGUCAAUAAUUUGAUUUGGGCUUUUUUAAAGGAGGAAGCCAAGUAAAACAAGCUGAUGGCGAUAUUUUAAGAUGAGAAAAUGUUGCUGUCAAUAGUGAAUGUUUAUCUGUGUUGCUUACCUGUUGCCGAUUCCCUGUUCACAUGCUGUCUAAAAUCUUUCAGUGAUAUUUGGUGACUGUCUGCCUGUAAGAUAUUCACUUCGUUCACACACAAAUUAGCAAAAUAUAUGAAAUUCCAUUUAGUGUUGAAAAGAAAACAACUGGUUGUUGUAUCCCUUUUGAAGUGUGAUAUAUGGAAUACGAUUCAUAGAUCUUAAAACAAAAAAACUACCAGCUCCACACGCAGUAUUCAGACUGAUUGAAGAAUUGUUUUAAAAAAAACACUAGGAAAAUAGCUGACACACACAAAAGUUAAAAUGUUAUGGUUUGAUGUUUUCUGAAGGCUUGGGGAAAGGGAUGCAGUAUUUUUAACUUGACGGAAGUUGGACACUCAGACAACAUUUUAGCAUUUAUUCCUGAAUCUUUGCACAUAAAAACAAUAGCCUUAAAUCUUGUAAAUAAGAAACUGUGAUGUCACCAUGUAAAUGAGUGAUGUAUCGUGUGCUUGUUACUGCUUAAUUUACUUGGUGGUGCCUUUCACUACUUAAUAAGAAAACAAUUCAAGAGUGCCGUUUCUGAAAAAUAUAAA